CCUUUACCAAUCUCACUCACCGCCUGUCAACGAUUCAAGAUGACACAACGUCUCACCGACACCAUGAAGUGGUUAUGGUGUAUUUUAAUAGUAUAUUCAGGCCCAACUUGGAGUCCAGUAAGAUGUGUUACAGUAAGGUCGCCGCCUAAGAAUCCAACUACAGUAGAAGCACAAGCAAAAUUCUUUCAGGACUUUUUCUCAGUACAGCUAAGUCCGUACAAGAUCGAAUUCGGACAUGUCUGUGAAGACCCCAACAGUUGGGAACAACGCUACGAGAAGAAAGAUUACAAGAACCACAGGGACAUGGGCAAAGUCCGCUGGGGGGAUAAAAAAGGAGGUUACGGUGAACACUACUGGGACUUGAACCAUGCAGGCCACGCAGGCCAUCCAGGCCACGCUGGUGAUCACGGCGACGAAAGCUACGACAGCCCAGACGACAGUUCAUAUCACGAGGACAGAGAAGAGCCGUAUGAAGAACCCAGUGAACAAGUACACAAAUAUGAAGAAGAAGGGUACGGACCUGAAUACCCAUCCAAAUACGAUGAACCAAAUAGAUCUAAAAGGGCAAAUUCAAAGAGAAAUAUUAAAAAAGCUAAAGGUGAACAGGAUCGCCAAAAAGCUCAAGAAAAAACAAAAAAGGAUGAUGAAUCAAUGAAAAAACCAGUUGAAGAAUAUGACGCUGAAGCCAGUGAAGAGGAAACUUAUGAAAUGGAAUCAAAACAAAAACCUCAUCGAAUAGAAGAAUAUAAAUCGGAAAAACCAGUACAACAGAGAGAGAAGAAUCAUGUAGUUUUAAUUUUAAGUCAAAAAGAAAAAAGUACACCAGUAACGGGUGACCAGAUGCCUCAUACCAAAGAAGUAAAGCAUUACGUCCCUUACGAAGGAGGUGCUGGAGUGAGACAGCAUCAGUAUCCAGAAGUAACACCAGCCGCUGCUCCUCGACUAUUUUUGGAACCCUCCACUGGUCAUGUUGUAGACAGAGCCACCGGUCAAGCAUACGUUUUGCAACCCCUUGUUCAAAAACCUAAUUCUAGUUAAUUGUAAUUAGCUUUAUAGUGUAUGAUUAAGUGUUAUUUAUUUGAUAAUU